ACAGGGAGGGAAGCAAAGAGAGAUCGAGGUGAAGCCUGGCAGACUGGGUGUCUCUGUGGUGACUGGAAAGUAUAUGAGGCUGGAGAUAGUGACAAUAGCCACUGUUGCCUGAGGUUACAGAUAGAGUUCUGAGAAAGUUGUGCUAAAUCCCAUUCUUUCAGCAUGAAGGAGCAAAGUCAUUUCAGCAGAAAAGCUGUUGCAGCCUGGUGCUUGGUGCUUAUGGUGCUCAUUCAACAGGUGGCUUCCAGUCCUGUUCCAGAGAUGGAGGCCGCCUCAGGCUCUGUGCAGGGAGUUCAGAGGUCACUCAGGAGAAUGGCCCGUAUGACGCCCCUUUGGAGAAUCAUGGGUACUAAACCCCAUGGGGCAUACUGCCAGAAUAACUAUGAGUGUUCCACAGGAAUAUGCAGGAAAGGACACUGCUCCUUUGGCCAACCUAUAAAUUCCUAAGAGUGGACAGGCUUACUUCUUCUCCAGCCCAAAUGUCACGGACUGUCCAGGACCCUGCAUUUAAUGGAAUCGUACAAAAAAGGCUUACUUAUUGGUGGAGGAAAAAGUAAUGUGCAAUUUAAUGUCAGAAAUUAGGCAAGCCAAAGACUAAAGUUAGUUAUGUCUAAGUUGAUAGCGUGUAGGGUGAAACAGUUUUUAGAUGGGCAACUAACUGGCUUAAAUCAUAAUCACACAAGUUCAUAUAUGCAUGAAUUCAUAAUAAAAGUAUACAUUUUUUUUCCCAGUUUAACAACAUAAACCUCAUAACCUACAGUAUAAUACACUACGUGUAUACUAUUGUGCUUUAUUAUUAUUAUUAUUGUUAUUAUUUUAUUUAAUAUUCAAUUUUAUCACAUACUGUGCACAUAUCAGAUUUUGGGUGGUGCUAGUGAUGGUGUGAUGGAUAAAAUACAGCUAGAGUUGGUUAUCUAAACACAUACUGAGCCUUGAACUAGGCUGUUUCUGGAAGACCAGCUCUUGGUAUUAGAUCACGUAAUGCCUGGAUGCUGCACAAGUAGAGCUGGCAGCAGGUCGCAUGUACAGCCUGUGUAGACUUUCAACCCGAGUGUCAUUGAACUACAGAUAUGCUUCAGCAGAAAGAGAGAGAGAAAGUGUGAUUAACAGUGCAAAGAUUAAAGGCCUUAGUUGAAUGAAUUAAGGUACUGUUAUUGCAGUUGCACAGCUUACUUCUGUUUCCUGAUGUUUUAGUGCUUUUUUUAUGUGGAAAACUUUUUCUGGCUUUUUAUUUAUGUAAGUGCUGAUACAGACCUGACAUUUGUCAUACAUCUCACAUAACACUGUUAGAAUAUUCAAGAUUCUUCUGCUGGAUAAUCUAUUUAUUAUAUUUGAUUAUUUUGUAUGCUUCAGUGUAUGCUUUUGAGUGACUGAGAAAAUGUUCUGAAACUGUUACCUUAGAUGUUUAGUGACAUCAUUACUGAAUGUAUGAGUGUAUUACUGAAUGUAUGAGAGUUGCUUUUGUGUAUGCUACAUAUGAUGUCUGAAUGAAAUAAUAUUAACUAAAUAAAAGUUUUAUUAUCAAACAUA